CGAACCUUUGCAGUUAUGGCCGAUGAGUUUGUCAGGGGAAAUGUGCUCCAAAACGGCGUCACACUCAUCACUCUCGAUCGCCCCAAAGCUCUUAAUGCCAUGAACUUAGAUAUGGACGUCAAAUAUAAGAGUUACCUUGAUGAAUGGGAAUCGGAUCCGAGAGUGAAGUGUGUCUUGGUUGAAAGCAGUUCAUCUCGCGCUUUCUCAGCAGGAAUGGAUAUUAAGGGUGUUGCUGCUGAAAUUCAAAAGGACAAAUCAACUCCUCUUGUCCAAAAGGUCUUUACUGCGGAAUAUUCCCUGAUAUGCAAAAUAUUUGAGUACAAAAAGCCUUAUGAUGGUAUUACAAUGGGAUUUGGCAUUGGACUAUCUGGUCAUGGUCGAUACAGGUUCGUAACUGAGAAAACAGUCCUUGCUAUGCCAGAAAAUGGUAUUGGCCUAUUUCCAGAUGUUGGUUUCGCGUAUAUAGCAGCAAAAAGUCCUGGAAGAGCAGUAGGGGCCUAUCUUGGAUUGACUGGAAAUAGAGUAUCAACGCCAGCUGAUGCUCUAUAUGUUGGUCUCGGAACUCAUUAUGUGCCUUCUGGGAGCUUGGCUGCACUAAAGGACGAUCUCCUGGCAACCACUUUUUCUGAGGACCCUGAUCAGGACAUCAGGAUACUGUUGGGAAAAUAUAGCCAAAACCCGGAGUCGGAACCUCGUCUGAAGUUGCUUUUACCCUGGAUAAUUUCAACCUUAUCUGUGAAGGAGGUUAUCAAGGAGCUGGAAAAUCACCAGCUAAGUGGUGAUUCACUGGUGUCAGAGUGGGCAAAGGAUGCCUUGCAAGGGCUCAAGAAAGGAGGCCCCUUUUCUGUUUGCCUUACAGAUGAGCAUUUUUCAAGAGUUUCGUCUGCUCAAGGCAACACUAAUGACGAGUUAUCUAAGCUGACUGGUGUUAUGAAAACUGAAUAUGGAAUUGCAAUAAGGUCGUCUCUUCGAAAUGAUUUCUCAGAAGGCGUGCGCGCUAUCCUAGUGGACAAAGAUCAGAAUCCCAAGUGGAAUCCGCCAAGCCUAGACGAAGUGAAUCCUGCUGAAGUGAAAGCUUGGGGCCAGAAAUCGAGGAAUUGAAUGUGUGAGUGGUGACUGCAAUAUUUUCCCAGGUGUGCUACUACAGAUGCUCUGCAAUUGUGUAAUCAUGGAACAAGAUGAGAGUUUGAUUUAUCAGUUAUCAGUGGAUAAACAGUGCUUAGGUAAAUGUUUUUUAAGUAAUUCUUACACUCUA